GACAAGAUGCGAUUUGCAGCUGACUCAUUCACUCGUGCUACUGCCUAAUUGACAAUUGAAUAAAUUAAAAGCGAGCCGACACGAGGCGCGAUGCUGCCGAAUCCUCCUGCUUUUAGUACCACCACCGCCCCGGCCCUCCGCCUCUGCCUCCCUAUCUCGCCCCCGGCCGCAGCAGCCUCGUCGUCGCCCCCCUCCUUCGCCGUCGGACGAGUUUCCCUCCGCCGUCGCCGUCGCCGUCGCCGCCGCGCUUCCUUCAGCGGCUGCCGCUGCUCCUCGUCCUCCCACUCAGAAAUGGAGGCCGGCGCUGGGACAGCUCUGUACCCCGCGCACCGAUGCAAAACCAUAUACCUGGUGAGGCAUGCCCAGGGUAUUCACAACGUGGAGGGCGAGAAGGAUUUUGCAGCAUACAAGUCACAUGCGCUGCUUGAUGCUCAACUUACCCCUUUGGGCUGGAGCCAAGUUGAUACCCUGCGAGAGCAUGUGACAAAAUCUGGACUGGCAAAAAAGAUUGAGUUGGUUAUUGUUUCCCCUCUACUGAGGACUAUGCAAACUGCAGUAGGGGUCUUUGGUGGUGGGAACUAUACUGAUGGAGCAAGUGCAUCACCAUUAAUGGUAGAAGGUGCUGGAAACAGUGGACGUCAGCCAAUUUCAAGUUUGAACUGCCCACCGUUUCUUGCAGUUGAGGCCUGCAGGGAGCACUUGGGUGUUCAUCCCUGUGACAAGAGGAGCAGCAUAACAAAAUACCGUACACUCUUUCCUGCCAUUGAUUUUUCCUUGAUAGAGAAUGAUGAAGAUGUUCUCUGGGAACCCGAUGUCAGAGAAACAAAUGAGUCUGUUGCUCUCAGGGGCAUGAAGUUCUUUGACUGGUUAUGGACAAGAGAAGAGAAAGAGAUUGCUAUUGUCAGCCAUAGCGGUUUCUUGUAUCACACCCUAAACAUGUACGGUAAAGAGUGUCAUCCAACCAUAGCAGAGGAGCUGGGCAAGCAGUGCCGGAGGGGCCGGCGUCGUCGUCGUCGAACAUCUCCUCGCUUCGCCAACUGUGAGCUCCGGUCAAUGGUCUUGGUCGACAGAAGUAACCUUGGAUCGGAUGCCUCUAAAUACAACUUCGCUGGGAAGAUACCGACCGGGCUUGAUAUGCCCAGCGAUGUCGCAGACGAGAAGGAGGCUGAAGAAGCUAGCAAGAACUGAAACUGCCGGGCGCAUGGAUGUCUUUGAUUCUUUUAUCAAACCUUGGUUCUGGCUCACAAUGAACUGAGAAUAGACAGGCGACAUCUACGGAUAGGAACUGCCGUCUGUUGCUCUGGUGUAUGAUCGGCACGAUUGGUUAUGUUUAUCUGAUUUGUUGUUUGAACAGAAGAUACCCAAAUUCAUGGGAAAUAAGGACUUACACGCA